AAAUGAGGAAGCAUCCAGUAGAUGAAGCCUCCUCCUUUAAGCUCAACGGGAAGUUUCUUCAACACAAAACUGUCAAACAUGAAGCCGACGUCCAGAUUUUCUGUUGAAACGUGGACAGAGGAGCCGCGACACGUUUAGGUGUCAACAUGAUGAGCCGUCCACAGGAAGAAGACGAGAAGAUUCAUGUGAUGGAAAAUCAGCAGGAAGGUGAAGCUGCAGAGAAACCAAAGAGAAAGUCAAAGCUUCCACCACAGACAGUGGUCCUGCUGGUUCUCUGUGCUCUGCUGGCUGCUGCUCUCUUCGUUAUUUACAGACUCUCUGUGAAGACAAAUCAAUCUGUCCUGAUCCUGACCAAGGAGAAUGAAGCUCUGAAGGAAGAACUCUUAGAAAGGAAAUGUUUUCCACCUACUGACACUAAAAGCUGGGAGGAACAUGAAGGAAAGUGUUAUCACUUCAGCACCUAUGGGUCCACCUGGCAGGACAGCAGACGAUGCUGCAGAGUUGUUGGAGGAGACCUGCUGAAGAUCCACAGCAGAGAGAAGCAGGAGUUUGUGAUGAGGAAACUGAGAGAAAAGACUUCUGGGUUGGAGACGUUCUGGAUCGGACUGACGGACUCACUGACAGAAGGCAGAUGGUUGUGGGUGGAUGGAUCACCUCUGAAUGAAAGUUUGAGUUUUUGGAUCAACAAGGAGCCCAACGAUGACAAAUAUUGGCAUCCUGAUGGAGAAGACUGUGGGCAGUUGAUUGUGGGAGAAAAAGGUCAAAGUCGGAAGACUUGGAAUGACGAUUACUGUAAUUUCCUUCGCAAAUACGUCUGUGAGAAAUCUCCAGGAUUUAACCAGAGUUCAUGUGUUUGAAGUUCAGUUCAGUCUGUAAAUAAUCUCAGUCCAGGAUCCAGAAGGCUGCUUUCAGGGACGUCAUGUCACAGUUAGAACUUCCUUCUAGUUUUCAGCAUUCAGUAGAUUUUUAGCCUCAAUCUUUGUAUUUUAUUAUAAAUUUAGUCAGCUUUAAUUCAUUAGUGUUUUAGAGUUCUGUUCUUGUUAGGUUCAGAUUUCCAGGGCCCGCUUGAUAAAAGGGGGAUUAGAUAAUCCAGUUUUAUCAGUGGGACAGCUUUGGAUUAUUUGUUUCUUCAUAAAUAAAGUUCUAGUUUCUGCUCUUCA